AUGAAGUUUGGGAAACUCAUACAAGCUCAACAAGUCCCAGGAUGGUCUCAGUACUAUCUCGACUACAAGUUUCUCAAAAAGAUCAUCUCUUCAUUGGCUUCAAAUCGCCCGGCAUCAGAGGCGGCGUCGCUGGCCCUGGGUGUGCGACCCUCUGAUAUUUUCAAUCAGUCCCAGCCAUCAGCGGAUAGCCUCGGUCGACCUCCCAUAUUCUCAUCGUCGGGUCAGGAUGAUGAUCGAGGGCCGGAUUUCCAGGCCCACAAGGCUGCCUUCUUCUUCAAGCUUGAGCGCGAACUCGAGAAGAUAAAUGCAUUUUAUCUGCAAAAGGAAGCUGAACUCCAGUUGAGGUUGGAGACACUGCUGUCCAAACGACGUGCUGCUGCGAUGCGGGGCAUUCCCGACCCUACCGAUGACUCCACGCAGCUCAAUGUCGAGUGGAGCGCAGUUGAGGAAGGCUUCAGGUUACUCGAAAGAGACUUGGGAAAGCUCCAGCAAUAUGUCGAGAUAAACGCGACUGGAUUCCGCAAAAUCUUGAAAAAGUUUGACAAACGGUCGACUUCCGCGACAAAAGAGUUGUAUCUAGCUCGACGCGUGGAUAUCCAACCCGUUUUCAACCGCCAGCUCAUAUCAGAACUUUCUGAUACAGUGGCGACAUGUCUUCUCGAUUUAACGGACCUCUCCUCGGGCCUUCAGUUCGAGGGCUCUGCAGCUACCGAUAUCUUCACGCAGCAACUCAUGAUGGAACGCGCUCCUCACAUGGGCCCUUAUCGCGACCUCGAAAAUAGUCUACGAAAGGCCGUCAUGGCUUCCGAUCGAAUUGCCAUAGCCGACUGUGCUCGCUUCUCUGACUCUCUUGCCCAGCAGAACGGAGGCAAGCCAAAUGUGUCGCGUAUAUUAUGGAAUGUAAUUCUCGAAGCGCCUCCCGAGUUGGCCGACCUCAUCCUGGCGUCUGUAUCUAUACCAUUCGACUUCCAAUAUGUGGACGAUAUCAACGGCCGUACUUGCCUCCACGAAGCAGCCAUUGCUGGUGCCUUACGCUUGGUCAAUCUGUGUCUAGACCAGAACGUUCAGGCAGACAAGGCAGAUGUAUAUGGACGGACUGCGAUGCAUUACGGCGCCAUGUAUGGGUUUCCUGAGGUAUGCAGACGCUUGCUGCAAGUGCAAAUACCUCCGAACGCGCUUGACAGGGAUAAUUGCAGCCCGCUAGUCUAUGCGACGCUGCGAGGAAGCGUCGAGUGCGUUCGGGUCCUUAUCGAAGAAGGACAUGUCCCCGUCCAAUCAAUUGCUGAAGAAAGCGACCUCGAUCCUCUGACUUUGGCCAGCCAGUCAGGCCACGUCGACGUCGUGAUGUUGCUCCUGCAGCACGGUGCAAAAUGUCUCCCAAAUACGAACGGCGAAUACCCUAUGCAUCUGGCUGCGAGCGAAGGUCACACUGAGGUCUGUAGAUUGCUGCUCCACCUAGAUGGUUGGGACACACCCGAUAAAUACCACGAAUGGACGCCUGUAUUCCACGCUGCUCGACAUGGCCAUUUCAAUUGUAUAAAAUUGCUGGUCAAAGCUGGGUGCAAAGUCGACAUUAGAGACGAAAUGGGGCAUCUGGCUGUCCACUACGCUGCCUGGUAUGGGCAUCACGCCUGCGUAGACGCGCUCCUGCACGCAACACCUACUAUUCCUCCUACGAACGUCUUCGAGAACCUGCCGCGAGACUCGCCGUCUGGCGCCAUGGAGGACACUCUAAUGUCUGAAAUCGACAUGAUCCCAUCACUGUCACUCCCACCACCCAUCAUGCCACACCGUGUCUACGGACACAAUUAUCUAGACAAGACAUAUCUCAUCCAAGUAACGAUUGGUCAUGCCCAUAGCCCUUCCGAAAAGUUCACCGGCGUUACACUUCAUCACCGCCUCAUCAGCCCGACCCUAAAGGACAAAUACCUCCUGGCUUCAUCCCCGCUGAAGCUAGUAAUGACCACAGAUUCGGACACGGGUACUGCUCCAUAUACCAUUUCUUUGCCACAGCGCGAGCAGAGCGACGUCUUUGCGUUCCAGAUACCCUCGCUAGACAAACUUUCCCUCAAGUUCUCUGUGUAUCCGAACUUCGGCACAAAGACUAUUGGUCGCGCCGUCGCUCUUCCAUCGCUCUUCGUUGACAUUCAGCAUACUCAUCAGUUUGUUCUGCCCAUUUUGGAUCAUAGAUUACAAGUGAUCGGCGAGGUGCCUUUUGAAGUCAAUGUCAUCACUCCCUUCGAGAAUGUCACACUAGAAGUAGGUGGCGGCGUCGAGACGUAUUGGAAAUCUACGGCAUCAGCUAUACCUAGCUUCUCCCCAUCUCCGGCGAUCACGUUAGCACAGGGGAUUCGUCAAACACGGCGUCUUGGUUCCACACAAACGUCUCCAUCGGCAUUCUCCAUCGCAAGCACAACCACGAGUACCAGAAGUCAGGCUUUGACAAUAACAUCUCUGCGAGGCGACUAUAUUUAUGUUGUCGUGCAAGUUACGAAAGAUCUGCAUCCCGUGGCAUAUACAGACUGGCGUCUUCCCGAACCUUCGUAUGAUCUCGGCGUUUCCGACAUUACAUUGGCUCAGUUUGAAGCGCUUGCACUCAAAUGUGGGAGAGCCUUACAACCAGGUCAAACACUGCGAGCUCGUGACUGGCCGAAGCUUAAUAUCAUGGUUUCAUUGGCUCAACUCAUGCUCAGCAUCCCGACGGAAGUAGGCAUGAGCCUGGAACUCGCGUAUGCCUCCAGACGAAUAAGUCAACGUUUUGGCCCCGGCAACCGCCUAAAUCUCAACAAUUUCGUGGAUGCAGUUUUACGGACAAUACAUCAAGCAUCUGCCCUCAAUGGGAAACACGCACGCAGAAACAUCACCUUCGGGUCCUUCUCCCCGGACAUCUGCUCUGCUUUGAAUUGGAAACAGCCGAAUUAUUCUGUUUUCUUUUCCUCGACAUGCGGGCGCAAAUUGGAUCAUUCUCCCAGCCUGACUGUGUUAAACUCCGAUGACGAUAAUGAUCGCAGGCUGGCAAGCUUGGGCGCCGCAGUCGAUUUCGCAAGAACGAAUAAUCUGCUGGGGAUAUGGGUGGACGCCAAUCUGCUGACACAAGUCCCUUCGCUAAUACAUGAAAUCAAGGAGGCAGGCCUUCUUGUAGGGAUAUACAGCGCUACGGAUAUCUCACCUGAAAUAGACGGAUGUCCAGUGGACGCCUACCUCCGAGAUGGUAAUGUCGUAUACGCAGACUUGUCAACGCGGAAUCCCGAUUUCACAGGUCUUGGCAGCAUGGACUUUCGGUAG